UAUUUUUCUGCGAGGAAUGCUGACUUCGCGCCCAAAACUCAGUCAGCGAUGUGCACUACGGAAAAAACAUCGUUGCAUUUUAUGGCUGGCAGACUCAUCGAUAACAGAAACCAACACAGCUCUGCGUCCGUGUAAGCGAUAUAUAUCGCAAGCAAUAGCAGCUAACUUAAUAUCUUUCGAGGUCGAAAUUCGGAGAUCAGCUGCUAAAAUGUCAGUAACGCUGCACACCGACGUGGGCGAUAUUAAAAUCGAGCUCUUCUGCGAGGCCUGCCCCAAAGCCUGCGAGAAUUUCUUGGCCUUAUGCGCAAGUGACUAUUACAGUGGCUGUUGCUUCAUAAGGAACAUCAAGGGAUUUAUUGUGCAAACCGGCGAUCCAACUAAUACGGGCAAGAAUGGACAGUCUAUUUGGGGCACCAAGUUCGAUGACGAGUUUAAGGAAACAAUAAAGCACACAGACAGAGGCAUGGUCUCCAUGGCAAAUAAUGGACCCAACGCGAAUGCCAGCCAGUUUUUUAUUACGUACGCUGCGCAGCCUAAUCUGGACUUGAAAUAUACGCUAUUUGGACGUGUCAUUGAUGGCUUCGAUGCGCUUGAUGAACUGGAAAAGCUGCCCGUAAAUCCAAAAAACUAUCGUCCACAUGUCGACAAGAAAAUCAAUGGAGUAACUAUCCAUGCAAAUCCGCUGGCAGCGUGAUAAAUGCGAUGAUC